GCUCGCGCUGUCAGGAGCAACUGGCACGGGCUGUUGGACGAUGGAGUCAGUUAUUUACCUGGCCAUGCUAGCGGCCCUGCUCCUGAUCUGGGUCCGCACCAAAGGCGUGGAAUACAUCAUCAUCCAUCACCGCUGGGUCUUCGUCUGCCUUUUCUUGCUGCCCCUCUCCGUGGUUUUCGAUGUUUACUAUUACCUCCGUGCUUGGCUGGUCUUCAAACUGUGCAGUGCACCAAAACAACACGACCAGCGGGUCAGGGACAUCCAGAGGCAGGUACGCGAAUGGAAAAAUGAAGGAAGUAAAACAUACAUGUGUACUGGCCGGCCAGGUUGGCUGACUGUAUCGCUUCGGGUUGGCAAAUACAAGAAGACACACAAAAAUAUCAUGAUCAACUUGAUGGACAUUUUGGAGGUGGACACUGAGCAACAGGUUGUCCGUGUGGAACCAUUGGUUAACAUGGGUCAGGUGACAGCACUUCUGAAUUCAAUUGGCUGGACUCUUCCAGUGGUUCCAGAGUUGGAUGAUCUCACUGUGGGUGGCCUCAUCAUGGGAACUGGUAUUGAGUCUUCGUCCCAUAUUUAUGGUUUAUUCCAAAACAUCUGUGUAGCUUAUGAGUUGGUCCUAGCUGAUGGGAGCUUCAUUAGAUGUACAGAGAAAGAUAAUCCAGACUUAUUUUAUGCUGUGCCUUGGUCAUGUGGUACUCUUGGAUUUCUUGUUGCAGCAGAGAUCAAGAUCAUUCCUGCUAAGAAGUAUGUGCGCCUGCAGUAUCAGCCAGUGCAGGGCCUGAAGAAAAUCUGUGAAACAUUCAGUAGAGAAUCCCAGAACAAAGAAAAUCAUUUUGUGGAGGGCCUUUUGUAUUCACUAGAUGAAGCUGUGGUCAUGACUGGAGUGUUGACUGAUCUGGCUGAACCAGAUAAGAUAAAUAGAAUUGGCUAUUAUUAUAAGCCAUGGUUUUUUAAGCAUGUGGAGAAAUACCUCAGAGACACCCAGCAUGCAGUGGAAUAUAUCCCUCUCAGGCAUUACUAUCACCGUCACACUCGCAGCAUUUUCUGGGAACUUCAGGAUAUCAUUCCAUUUGGCAAUAAUCCACUCUUCCGCUAUAUUUUCGGCUGGAUGGUCCCUCCAAAGAUUUCAUUGCUAAAACUAACACAAGGAGAAACAAUCCGUAAGCUAUACGAGCAGCACCAUGUGGUCCAAGACAUGUUAGUACCAAUGAAGAGUCUGGAGAAGUUGAUUCUCUUUCUCCACAGUGAGAUCAAGGUUUACCCACUUUGGCUGUGUCCCUUUAACUUACCCAGCUUACCGGGUAUGGUUCACCCCAAGGGUGAUGAGCCUGAACUUUAUGCAGAUGUUGGAGCUUAUGGUGAACCUAGAGCCAAGCAGUUUGAAGCCAUGGCAUCAACACGACAGCUGGAGAAAUUUUUGCGCAAUUCACACAGUUUUCAGAUGUUGUACGCUGAUUGCUAUUUGACCCGAGAAGAAUUCUGGGAGAUGUUUGAUGGCUCAUUGUACCAAAAGCUGAGGGAGCAGCUGAAUUCCAAAGAUGCAUUCCCUGAGGUUUAUGACAAGAUCUGCAAGGCUGCGAGACACUGAGAAACUUGGUGGAGGAAUUUUAUGUAACAUUCAUUAGCUGAUUUCUAUUUCCGCUUGUAGAGUUCAGUUCAUGUCUCACAUAAUUAGAAGUGGAUUCAGGACAUUUUUUCACCGAAAGAAUGUUUUUUAUUUAAUCACAAAUCCUUUUGUGCGGCUGUAUCUUUUGCUUAACUUAAAGUGACUGAGAUUCCGUUCUGCAGUAAUCCAGUGGUAUACCAUCGAAAUAGUCUGGGGAAUAGAUUUUGGCAAAUUGUUUGUGAAAACCAGGUUUCAUACAUACUUCAAUUCUUUCUUUUGUUUUGUGUAGCUUCAAGAGCAACACUUUUAAAAAUCAAGUUCCUUAAUUAGCUCAAUGCACUGCUGGUGAGCAAGUGUAUCUCCAGGAUGUCCCCCUCAAUUUUUUUUUAACUUAAAAAAUAUACUUUUUUCAAAAAAAAAUCAUCUAAGUGCAUAUAAAGGUUCUAAAUCAUACCUUUACAGUCAUUGCAGUGAAAAAUACAAAAACGACUGGAACUUUCAUUUCUCGGAGCUCCUCUACAUUUGCAAACUUGCGCAGGAAACUAUUUAUGUUCACUUUAAGGCAACAAGGGGAUCUGACUCAAAUCAUUUCAACAGACCCUCUUUCUACUUGGGUCUUUCCCCCUCUACACCUUGAUGUCCACGCUUUAAUGCAACCCAAGAAUGGAGUCCUGGACAUUGGAAUGUGCCAAUGUGCAACUCUUGGUCAAAGUCAUCUCCUUACAUUGGAAGACCAACAGAUUUUAGGCAGACCAAAGAGAUCACUGAGUUGAUGGUCCUCAUGUUUAUCUUAGUGCGUGUCUUGGGGAGCAACCUGUUGAGCACAGAGCUCUGUGUAAUGGCAUCGCUUGGGACAAACAUUGACAAAUACCUCUUUCUAAACCUUCUUUGCAAAGGUACAUCCCUGUAGGAGAUGAAUGAUGGUCACUUCAGCACAGCCACUUUGAGGGCCAUGUGUGGUGGCGCAGAGGAAUUGGGUGCGCAUGAAGAAUCUGACAAAUAGUUCUUUUCUUGUCAUCAGUUAAGCUAUGGUGCUGGUAAAACACAGCAGGCCAGGCAGCAUCAGAGGAGCAGGAGAAUCGACGUUUCGGGCAUUGCUGAAGAAGGGCUUAUGCCCGAAACAUCGAUUCUCCUGCUCCUUGGAUGCUGCCUGGCCUGCUGUGUUUCUCCAGCACCACAUUUUUCAACUCUGGUCUCCAGCAUCUGCAGUCCUCACUUUCUCCUCAUCAGUUAAGCUAUGCCUUGGUACUUGUUGGAUAGGUCUGUGAUCAGACAUUCUGACAAAUGACUUUGAGAGUCUGCUUAGGGAACCAAACAAUAGGAUCCACUCUCUCUUUUCCCAUGAGGUCUUGAAGAAGCUACAUGCUGAUUACUUCCUGAGGGACUUAAGAUCAAAUGUGUUUUUAUUUGCAGAUUUUUCUGCAAAGGACAGGUGAUACAGAACGGUCCAAUUACUUGGACCAUUCCGUGGCAAUGAGGCCAGACGCAUCCUUAGCAAGACCAGCAACAGAGAGAACCUCUGUAUGUAGUAACCCUUGGUGAUAGUUACUUUUGUGUGCAGCUGCAUCAAGCUAUCAGGAUGAGGGUAUGCAGGCCUACCCCCAACCAGACUCUUAUACAUGUUGUCCUUGUGGUCAUGGUCCAUCUUCCACUUCCAGAUGAAGUGGUGGAUGACUCGGGUUACUGUUAAAGCGCAGGUUAAUGGGCCAGAACUGUGCCACACGCAGCAAUACCGACAGUACCUCACACCUGAUGACCAGGUUUCUUGCCAUUGGGUUUCCCGAUGAAAGGUAUAUGAAAGUUGAAAAGAAAUCUUUUUCUCUUUCUAGAGUAGUGAUGGAAUUCUCUUACUGAUCUCUUAGCUGAAUGUUAAAACAGUUUUAAGAUUUUGAAUUUUGAUAACAGAGUAUGUUAUGACCAAUUCAGCCAUGAGGAGAAUAUUUACAUUUUUUAAAAAACAUAUUUCUUGUAAAUUUGUCUUUGUAAUCAAAAUGCUUUUUUGAAUAUGUACAGUGUGGAAGCAGGCUAUUCAGCCUAUCAAGUCCACACAGGCCUUCCGAAGAGCAUCCCACUCAGGUCCACCACCCCUUAUCCUGUAGCCCUGUAUUUCCCAUGACUUAUCCACCUAGCCAGCAUAUUCCUGGACACUACAGGGCAAUUUAGCAUGGCCAAUCCACCCAACCUGCACAUCUUUGGACUGUGGGCAGAAAAUGCAGCAACUCACACAUACGCAGGAAAAUGUAGAAAGUCCACACAGACAUUUUCCCAAGGCUGGAAUCAAACCCGGGUCCCUGGUGCUGAGAGAUAACUGAGCCACCAUGCUGCUCUUGCUGCACACUUAUGUAAAACUAUAGAUAAUGUCCUGAUGUGCAGACAAGCUGCUACAUUUACACUUGCAGUUUCACUUACAUUUUCAAAAUGAUCGAUGUGACUGAAUCAUUUUUUUUAGUGGGAUUGAUGUAUAUAAAUUUUAAUUCUUUGUAUCAAAGGUGUAUUACCUGUUUUGGUAGACCCUGCUCAUAAAUACAGCAUAAUUCUCAGAAUCUGUGUCUUUAAAGUUCACAAACCAUCAUGUCUAAUGUUAUGGCACUUAAAACUGGGGAAACGCUUCAGCUCUACAUAUGCAGGUUCAUGAGUCAAUAUUAUUGAUUUAUCUAGCUUGUCUGUAUUCGAGCACCCUAAGAUAUUGGUACUGGAUGAUGGCCAUCUGAAAAAGUACAAUUAACUAUCCUUUUCAGUAUACUAAAUAUGUAUUCUUGAGUUUGUAAAUUAACAUCAAUGAUCAAUUCUAUGAUCCUUCAACAGCAGUUACUAACAUUUCAAUCCAUUUGUCUUAGCAGGUACUAUGUAGGAAUGAAGUGAGGACUGCAGAUGCUGGAGAUCAGAGCUGAAAAAUGUGUUGCUGGAAAAGCCCGAAACGUCGAUUCUCCUGCUCCUUGGAUGCUGCCUGACCUGCGCUUUUCCAGCAACACAUUUUUCAACUGUGUAGGAAGGGCAAUUAAGAUUUAGGAUCGGGGCGGUGGGCAUAGUGUUUGUUCUGUGUUCCCAGUUUUGUUAAUCUGGUUCAACAUAGGUAUAAGCAUGUGGCUGCAGGCCCCAGAGGAGUGGAAGCCUAACAUAAAUGGCAAAGCUAUAUCCGGAUGCUUACUGAAUGACAUGCCAUUUUAAUUGAUUGUGCAACCUACCUAACAGCAUCCUGGUCACAGGAAGAACAGGUAAUUUCCAAAAACAUUAUAUACAUUUUCUUGUAGACCAGGAGGAGAAGUAGUAUUUCUUCUGGCCUCUGAAAGGCGCCUUGGAUCCCUGUGCCAAGUUUUCACCCAAUAAUGAACCAGAGGAAUCUUCCACUCCUUUCUUUAAUUUCUGGAGAUACAUUAUGCAAAUUUUGGCAUUUUUUUUAAAGAAGUGAUUUUUAAAUCAAAUGAUUGAAAUAGUCUGUUUUUACUAUUAUCAUGAAACUUGUAAGAACAAGGUUUGAUUUCUGUGUGAGUAUGUGAAAAUGCAAUAGAUGACUUGAAAGAUGUGUUCAAUUGCAUACGUAAGCCAAAUGGGACAGUUGUUCCAGUAAAGGGAGUGUGUGUCCUAAGUUGGGAGGAAUUGAACAUGUUUUUCUGUCUGGUCAAAUUUAUUUUGAGCAAUAAUUAUAUUUUUUUCCCUAUCCUCUUCUUGUUUUAUACGGUUUCGUUUCUGUAGCUAGUAGACAUUUGCUAUUUGCUAAGAACAAUGGAUGUCAUCUGGCAAAAUAGAGCCUAUUAAAUGGUUUUCUGUUUUAAAGUUUUGAGACUUAUCACUGCCUAUUCAGUGACUUGGAAGUAUCUAGCUUUCCUUAGUACUUCCUGCAAGAGGCGGUUCAUUUUGCUUUGAAUUGUUUCCUGAAGGAUAUAUUGAAGUCAUUCUUGCCUGAGCACUAAAAUUAAAUUUUAAAAAAUGACAGCUGGAGGUCUGAAAUAAGAACAAAGUGUAAGUGCACUUAGUAAGUUGAGCAACAUCUGUGGAGAGAGCAAGAGUUAACAUUUUGAAUCCAAUAUGGCUCUUCAUUCACUCACCUUCUCACAUUUAGUGAGAAAAAGUCCCAGCUGAUCAUUUCAGCUGCUUGAUCAAAUAGUCUUUUGAUUUAUUCUAAUGUUAAAUUUGAUGCCAUUUCUUAGCCUUAAAAUUAAACAAAGAAUUUUAUUUUUGUAUUUGUGUUUAUUUGGAUCUCCUAAGAUGUGAAACUGAAGUUUUUGGCCAAAUGCCUCUGUAGGGAUGAGCAGUUUACAGUUUGCAAGAAUGUUCAAAGGAACAAAAUCUCAAACAAAUGAUGCAGCAGUGUUUUAAUGGCAGUAACCCUUGGUUGAAUACUGACUUUAGCUGUUGUUGAAAGUUUGAGUGUGUAAUCAUGUUUUCCCUUUUUGUCUUACUGCAUUGUACAUAUACUUUGUUUUUGGUGUUCUUUUAAAUAAACUGUCAUUUAAGUGAACACUAAUUCACAUGCCUUGAAUUUUUUGUAAACAUUGUGUAUAGGUCAAAUAUAUUUUCAAGUCUGGAAUUCUGUACUACCUACUGACUUUGUAUAUUUUCUGAAUCUAGAAUCUCAGAGAACUGCAUUCUAUGUAUCAAAAUGACCUGUGACUGAGCUUUUUUUUAAUGA